AUAAAAGUCUGGUAAUCAUGUAACUUUUUCUUUCCAAAAACGUGAAAAGUGGAAAAAUUUCUUCACUAGCUUCAAUAGUAAAACAUUUUAUUUUUCACGUUUUACUUUUCAGAGAAUAAAAACAAAGUCACUUGAUCGUUGUCUCGAUGUUGUGAAUUUAAUUGUUAUCAGAUUUAUUAUCUUGAGAGAUUAUUUUUGCGUAAGAAGUGACCUUCGAAAUUCAAAAUUCUAGUUAUCGAUUAGACACGUAGAUGACGUAGACAUGUGUAUGUAAGUACAUGCCUGCGAGCUGUUUAUCAAUGCGACAGAAAGGGAGCGUCCAAUCGGAGCCGCGCUCCGACUUCGCAAUCAGCUGAUCGAGAGGAAACUCGUGUCUAAAAAAUGCUUUGCAUUUUACAGCGGCUCAAUCGACCGGUACACAAUUUUUGCUUUCAACCUGCAUUAUGGAAAAAUAACCGACUUUUCAUUCCCUUGUUGGUUACAUCAGCACAUUCGAAUACAGCAGAGACAUUUAUAACAAUGUCUGAUCCCAAUGACAGCUUCAGAUUGCCAAAAGAAGUCGUACCUACCCAUUAUGAUCUCUAUUUGCAUCCGAAACUUAAAGAAGGCACAUUUUCCGGAAAGGUAACAAUCCGCAUUGAUGUUCACAAGACUACGAGAACCAUAGCUCUUCAUCAAAAGGAUCUCAAUAUCACAUCUGUGACAUUAGAAACGCAAAGUCAAGAUAAAAACCAUGAAAUUUCUAUCUCGUCCAUCAGCAAGCCUACAAAGUAUGAAAUCUUUGUGAUAUCAACUGAAAACGAGAUUAAUCCCGGAUUGUAUAACUUAAAUCUAGAAUUUGAUGGAAAUCUUAAGGACAAAAUAGUCGGUUUCUACAGCAGCAAAUAUAAGAUUGACAAAAGUGAUACACGUCCUGAAAAUGAAAAAACCAGGUACAUUGCGACUACCAAAUUCGAGCCAACUUACGCUAGACAAGCAUUUCCAUGUUUCGAUGAACCCAAUUUUAAAGCAAAGUUUUCAGUUAAACUGGUACAUCCUACAGAUGAUGGCUACAGUGCCUUAUCGAAUAUGAAUGUAAAGAAUACGCAAAUAAAUGCACCGGAACCUGGUCUAACAACAGCGACCUUUGAAGAAACUGUACCUAUGUCAACGUAUCUAGCUUGUUUUAUUAUUCAUGAUUUUAUUGGCACAACUAAAAUGGCAAAAGGCUUGAAUGGUCAAGAAUUUCCAAUCAGUAUCUAUACCACAAGACUUCAGUCGCAGGCGAGAAGAGAUUUCGCAGUGAAUAUUGGCGUGAAAGCUAUCGAAUAUUACAUAAACUUAUUCAAUAUAGAUUAUCCAUUACCAAAACUUGACAUGGCUGGUAUUCCUGACUUUGUAUCCGGCGCUAUGGAGAAUUGGGGUUUAGUAACUUAUAGAGAAACAAGAAUUCUUUAUGAUGAUCAUAAUAAUUCCAUCUAUGAUAAACGCGAUGUCGUUAACGUAAUUUGCCAUGAAUUGGCACACAUGUGGUUUGGAAAUCUUGUUACCAUGAAAUGGUGGAAUGAUUUGUGGCUCAACGAGGGUUUUGCUACAUUCAUGGCGUCUAAAUGUUCAGAUGCAAUUCUACCAAACCGGGGCUAUAUGGAAGAAUUUCCUGUUGAAGUAAUGCAAAAUGUAUUCGUUGCCGACUCAAAAUUGAGUUCUCAUCCUAUAAUUCAUGAUGUCCAAAAUCCAGACGACAUUACAUCUUUCUUUGAUGGAAUAUCUUAUAAAAAGGGAGCAUCUAUAAUCCGAAUGAUGGAGAACUUUUUUGGAUCUGAUGUCUUUUUCAGUGGGAUUAGUGCCUAUUUGAAAAAGUAUGCCUUUCAGAAUGCGGAGACGGCAGAUCUCUUUAAAGCUUUGCAAGAUAUGGUCAGAAACGAAAUAAAAGUACAAGAUGUAAUGGACACUUGGACGAGACAAGAAGGUUAUCCUGUUAUCAACGUGAAAAAGUUAGAGAAUAAAUUUGUAUUAACCCAGGAACGCUUUCUCGAUGAUCCAGAUGUCAAAUCUGAUCCUUCCAAAUCAGAAUAUGGGUAUCGUUGGACCAUACCCAUCGUUUAUAUCACUAACAGAAACGAAAUACCCAGUCUUAUAUGGUUCAACAAGGAUGAUAAUCAAGUCGAGAUCGAAGCCGACGAAAAUACCAAGUGGAUUAAAUUAAAUGCUGGUCAGGUUGGCUAUUAUCGAGUUAAUUAUGACGAGGAAUGGAAAACAUUCGAACACCUACUUCGGUCUCACCCUACGAGAAUAUCCGCAUUGGAUCGCGCGAAUCUUUUGGACGAUAUGUUUAGCUUAGCCGAUGCCGGUAAGAUCGAAUAUAACAUUGUAAUGGAGUUAAGUCAGUAUCUCUCCGAGGAGUAUAAUGUUCUUCCUUGGGCGGUUGCAAAAUCGAAAUUCAUGGCGAUAGUUCCUCUGUUAACCUCUAUGAAUGAGCUGUAUUUUGCAGAUUUAUUUAAGUCUUACGUCGCAAAUUUGGUAAACCCCAUCUACGAGGACGUAACUUGGACCGUUGAUGAUGCUAUUGAAAAAGAAGUACCAUCUACACACAUUGACAAUAGAGUGCGACCGACGGUAAUCGCAUUGGCCUGUGCAACGGGUUCGGAAAAAUGUUUGCAAAGAGCAGGAGAUCUCUUCAAGGAUUGGCUACUGUUAAAGAAACCACAACAUCCUGAUAUUCGGGAAUUGAUUUAUUAUUACGGUAUGCGUUAUCGUUCGGAUCCGGACGAGUGGCGCGCCAUGUUCGAAGUAUUUAAAGACGAGAGCGAUCCCAGCGAGAAAAAUAAAAUAAUGAUGGGAUUAGCGGGCAUAAAAUCCACUACAAUUUUAAAAGAAUACAUUGCCAGAGCAAUGAAUGAAGAUCAUGUCCGCACUCAAGAUUUCUUGAAAUGCUUGAUUAAGAUUUCCAAAAAUCCCGAUGGUACAUCACUAGUGUGGGACUGGGUGCGCGAGAACUGGAUGUUCCUAGUCGGAAGAUAUACAUUGAAUGAUCGAUAUCUCGGUGAACUUAUACCAUCUAUCACAAGUUCUUUUGCUACAGAAACUAGGCUGAACGAGAUAAAAGACUUCUUCGCGAAAUAUCCUGAAGCAGGUGCCGGUGCGGCCGGUCGAGCCAAAACUCUCGAAACAGUUUCGAAGAAUAUCAAAUGGGUCGAUAGAAAUGUUAAAAAUAUCAAUAACUGGUUGAUCCACAACUGGUCGAGUGGAGCUAAGACGAUCAGUUAAACGUACCAAAAAAAAGUAUUUCAAUAUGCUGACAAGGCUGUCGAAAAAAUAUAAAAUAUACCGAUUUUUAACCGUUAUGCAUCUUCUUUUUUUUUUAAAUUUUGGUGUUACACGCCUCAAUCAUUGGAAGUCAUAGACAUACAAUGAUAAUUAAUUGUAAUUUUGUAUAUUAUUUGUAUAUUAUUGUAAAGAACAGUUGUUCUUUGGAACGAAAAAGAGAAACAUUCUUGUCUCUAAAUAUAGUGGACAACAAACCUGUCUUCAGAUACUCCGAAAUUACAUUAUGAUCAAAUCUUUUGGUCUGUCACGUCUAUCCCGUGGUAGUGUGGUUAUCAAGUACUCUAAAUACCAAGGCGUUAAUAUGCAUUUUGCGCGAAGCAUAUGCCUUUUAUGCAACGCAUUUACAAAUCUUGAUACUGAAAUAUAUACAAUUUUAUAGAAAUAUAAUUUUGCAAUUAAAUAUAGCAUAUUUAUACUGUUAAUUAAUGAUUCUUUUCCCUCUAAUUCUUAUUAGCUCUUAAAAUCCAUUCUGGCAUACUCGGGCCUUUUUUAAAACGUUUUCUUUGUAACUAUUGUUUACUUUUUUUUUACAUAAAAAUACAUGCAUUCACUUGGUACCGCAUUCCUUAGUGUCUGGCGUUUCAAAUAAAAAAAAAAGAAUUGUUAAAUAUGUUUUUAUCAAUGUUCUAAGCAAUCAAAGUUGGCUGUAUAUUAUACCUGGGUAUAAACGUGACAAAACGGAUAGAAUGGAUUUUAAGGGAUAAAUAAGACAUAAAAUUUCAGGAAGGUCGGAUCUAUUAUGAGAUCGAUUGUAUUACGUCCUAUUUCUCUUAUAAUUGAUUUAAUACACAUUCGAUUGGCCAGUUAUGGUUAACAAGAUAAUCUAGAGGGAUGAGGUAAAAGUGUUUUAAUUCAUCGUAAUACUGUUCGCGAGCUUGUUUCUCGCUUUACACAAUGUGUAAUAUCUCUCUCUCUAGAAAAAUUGUUUUAUAAAUGAAUGGACGAUCCAUUUUUGAAAUGCAGAUUUAUUUAAAAAUUUAUUUGCGCAGUUAAUUGUGGUCAAGUUGCGCACGUGAUCAAAAUUUUAGCCAUAUGAAAUAGAGCAAUCCGUCUUGUUAUUUCAGUUUAUGAUAGAAGUCGAAAAUAUUACGUGCAGGAAUUGUCGAUUACAUUUCUCGAUAUGAGGGAUAUCGGUUGGCUGUGAAAGUACUUUUACGAGAUAGAAAACAUUUUGUAUCUUAUCGAUAAAACGCAACG